AUGGCUCCCCCUAAGACUCAGACAAACAAGAAAGCCCAAAAGAACAUCGCUACCACAAAGCAAGACUUGGUGAAAACCAAUCCUGCAAAGCCGGCAAACGUGAAAACCCAACAUGUCAAGAACCCUGACGUUGUUCCAGAGGAGAUUCCGCCACCAGCAGAUUCACCUCAUUCUAUCUAUGAUGCUCGCUCUAGUGUCGGUUCAACCCCAGAGUCACCACGUCAGACUUCAGAGUAUUCAAUCACUUCAAGAAACGUUGACUCUCAGGGCCUAUCAUACUCAGAUGUGGUCGCUGCUAUGAUGACUAGAGCUGCCAUGGUGGAGGAACAACUAGCAACUAUAUCUCGUGCCAUUGAGACCCUCACAAAGACUGUUGAAGAGAAAGACUUACAAAUCGCUACGCUGAUGAACAAAUUGGAAGUUCAGACCUUCGGUGAAUCACCAGUACAAUCUGGGCAUCCUUUGGUUUCUUUGCUUGCUCUAAUCUCCUCAAGCAUUGUGUCUGCAAAUCCAUAUAAUAGACCAAGGCUGGGUCUUUCUGGAGGAAUUUUCCUACAAGGUGAUCAAACAAAAUCAACAAAAUCAUCACCACACACAAAUCCAGAAACCCCAAAGAAAGACUUUGAAAUCUUUUUUUACAACCAAACACUUGAUCACUUCAAUUACAAGCCUGAAAGCUAUACCACUUUUCAACAAAGAUAUGUGAUAAAUUCCAAAUACUGGGGGGGUGCCAAGGAAAACGCGCCAAUCUUCGUUUAUCUUGGUUCUGAGUCGCCAUUAAUUAAGAAUGAAACUGCUAAUAUGACUGGUGCGCUUCUAACUGAUAGUGCCCCUCGUUUUAAAGCUCUACUAAUCUAUAUAGAGCAUCGGUUCUAUGGAAAAUCAGUUCCAUUCGAAUCAUUUGAAAAUGCUAUGAAAAAUGCUACUCUUCGCGGUUAUUUCAAUUCAGCUCAAGCAAUAGCAGAUUAUGCAACAGUAAUCACAUACCUCAAGGAGAAAUUUUCUGCUCGCCACUCUCCUGUUAUUGUAAUUGGAGGAUCUUAUGGAGGAAUGCUUGCGACAUGGCUUCGGCUAAGGUAUCCCCACAUCACUCUCGGAGCUCUAGCUUCAUCCGCACCUGUUGCUAACUUCCAUGGCGUCCUCCCAUAUAACGGGUAUCGUACCAUUGUUGCAAAGGAUUUCAAGGAGGCUAGUAAGAGAUGCUAUCGGAUUAUUAAAAAAUCAUGGUCUAAAAUUGAUACAGUUGCUGCUCGGCCAAAUGGCCUUUCAAUCCUUAGCCAGAGAUUCAAGACUUGCUCGCUCAUAAACGGAUCGGUUGAGCUCAAGGACUACUUAAUGCAUAUAUAUCAAAGAGCAGCUCAAUAUAAUCAUCCACCAAAAUAUCCUGUUACUGUGAUCUGUGGUGCCAUUGAUACGGCACCGAAAGGAACCGAUAUUCUUGGCCGGAUAUUUGCUGGUGUCGUCGCCAAUAAUAAUAACCAAACUUGCUAUGAUACGAGACCCAACGCAAGCCAAACAAAUGUGGGGUAUAAUUGGCAAACAUGCAGUGAGAUGGUUCAGCCAUUUGGACAGGGGAAGGAAACUUUCUUCCCGCCUGAUCCUUCGGACAAUUUAAUCAACUUUACUAAGGAUUGCAUUGACACCUAUGGCGUCCCACCAAGACCUCAUUGGGCCACAACCUAUUUUGGAGGCAAAGAUAUAGGAUUUGUUCUCCAAAGGUUUGCUAGCAACAUCAUUUUCUCCAACGGACUAAGAGAUCCUUAUAGCGUUGGCGGCGUGUUGAAGGACAUAUCAGAUAGUAUUCUCUCCAUUUCUACGGUUAACGGAUCUCAUUGUUUGGACAUAAUGGGAGCAAAGCCGACUGAUCCCGACUGGUUGGUGAAGCAACGACAGAGAGAGCUGGAUGUCAUCGAAGGAUGGAUCAAAAAUUACUUUGAAGAUCUUUCGGCCUUGAAGAAAAUAAAAUGA